AUGAAGUUAAUCAAUUCCCCUACUUUGCUGCUUUUUACUUUUAGGGUAGAAUUGAUUGCUAAUAAUAUCCAAAAUAAGGUUACGAGUGAAUUUUCAAAAGAAUUACUAUCAAUUUCUUCAAAUAAUUUAUCAAUUGAUAUUUCAUCUCAACGAAAUCCAAUACAAUCACAAAAUCUUGCUCAAAAGCAAUUACUCAACAAAGUAAUAUUCCUAAACUCAGAGGAAAUUAAAGGAAAAAACUACGAAAAUCAACGAAUCGUAACAGAAAACGGAGAACUUCAUGUAAGGGAUUGCAAGUUUUUUAAAUGUUCCAAUGAUGAUGGUAAAGGUGGAGCUAUUUACUCAAAAGUUAAAGGAACUAUUGAAUUUUCAUUAUUUGAUCUUUGCAGCGCUAAGGAAGGUGGCUGCAUGUAUACAGAAGCUGACAUUAUUUGGGAAUCAAAUAUCGUUUGUAGAAUUAAAGUUGCAACAAGAAACGGAGGAAUUGGAUUUAACCAGGGAUCAUUCAAUUUACAAGUGAGAUUUUCCUCUUUUACACAAAUAUCAUCAUCUGACUUCUGCAUUUUUGCAAAAUACUAUGGCUCUAAAAACAAAAUUCAGAGAACGAAUUCAUCGAAAAAUACACCAGUUGCUGUUAGCAGUGCAUUUGAAUUAGGAUUAGCACCUGUUUUAGUCUCAUAUUGCACCAUAGAAGGCUAUUCCGGAUUUGCCAAAAAUGCAGGUUGCGGUUUUUACAGAGCUCAGUUUACUCUUGAGUUUUCUAACUUCCUUGACCUUACUUCUACGUUCAACACCGAACAAGGCGUUGCUGUUUGGGUUGAUGGCGAUAAUUCUGAUGGAGAAAUUAGAAGAUGCAAUUUUCAAAAAAUAGUGAGUUAUUCAAACGCAGCAACAAUUUAUAUUAAUGAUGGCAAAGUCAAAAUCUCUGAAUGCUGCUUUGAUACUUCUCAAACAAUUUCAAUGAAAGGAAAGUUCACUCUUGGAAAAGGAAAUAGCUUCAGUGAUGUGUGCAUAGGCCAAAAAUCGCUAUUUAGACAAAUAGGUAUCGAGAAUUUCAUUAAAAUCUUUAUAUUCUUAUUCAUCGCAUUCAAAAUUGCAAAAUUUUAUAUCAAAAAAUUAUUAUUACGCAAGAGGCUCAUGGAAAUGCGCUCACGAAAAUCAAAAUAUACAUUAUAA